AUGGGCAUCCUGUCGAAGAUAGCGUCGAAGCGCUCGACUCUGCGAACGAAGAACACCGAUGUCACCACAGCUGCUCAACUUACCCUGCGCCAGAGUCUGUGGCCAUUGAGCAUUGUCACCGUCCUCUUCUUCCUCUGGGGCCUUUCUUAUGGACUAUUGGAUACCCUCAACAAGCAUUUCCAAAACACGUUGAACAUCACUAGGACGAGAUCUUCGGGGUUGCAGGCGGCGUACUUUGGAGCAUAUCCGAUUGCCUCCCUGGGAUAUGCAAAUUGGAUGCUCCGACACUGGGGUUACAAAUCCGUCUUCAUCUUUGGUCUCUGCGUGUUCGGAGUGGGUGCUCUGAUGAUGUGGCCAGCUGGCGUUUAUCGCUCCUUCGGCGGUUUCUGUGGCGCCACCUUCAUCUGUGGCAGCGGCCUUGGAUCUCUGGAAACUGCAGCGAAUCCAUAUCUCUCAGUCUGUGGUCCACCUCGGUACUCCGAAGUCAGAAUCAAUUUUGCUCAAGCAUUCAACGCCAUCGGGACUGUCAUCGGUCCGGUGCUUGGCUCGUACGUCUUCUUCAAAGACACAGGUGAUAGUGUGGCCGCGUUGAAGAAUGUUCAAUGGGUUUACCUUGGCAUCGCGAUCUUUGUGUUCAUUCUGGCCUUUAUUUUCUUCAUCUCCCAUAUUCCCGAGGUUACAGAUGCGGACAUGGAAUUCCAAGUACAAGAGACCCAUGUGGGAGGAACUGAGAAACCAUUUUGGAAGCAAUAUCGGCUCUUCCAUGCCGCGUUUGCUCAGUUCAGUUAUACUGGUGCUCAAGUUGCCAUUGCCAGUUACUUUAUCAACUAUGCCGUCGACACUCGUCCGGGUACCAGCAGCGCCCUUGGGGCGAAAUACCUCGCGGGAGCUCAAGGAGCGUUCGCGCUGGGUCGAUUUUCCGGGACAUUCUUCAUGAGAUACGUGAGGCCUCGCUGGGUUUUCCUAAUAUACCUAACUGGGGUGGUCAUCUUCUUGGCCGCGGCCACAGGUGCAAGAGAGAAUGCCGGCAUUGCAAUGUUAUUCCUGACACUCUAUUUCGAAAGCGUGUGCUUUCCAAGCAUUGUAGCCCUGGGAAUUCGUGGCUUAGGACGCCAUUACAAGCGUGGGUCUGGGUUCAUUGUCGGCGGCGUCUGCGGUGGAGCGUGCAUUCCAUCUCUGCUGGGCAAAGUCGCUGAUAUGCACAACAAUACGGGUAUUGCCAUGUGUGUGCCUCUCGCAUUCAUGGUAGCAUCCGAAACAUAUGCGGUGGCCGUGAACUUUGUACCUGCGUACCGCACCCCAGCAGACCAGAUUGGUUCAAGCACGGUUGGGAUUCAAUCUGCUGAGCGUACGCUUGACGUUGAGAAGUCGGUCGACUCACAUACAGGGCAGGGAUACAACGGCGCUGAGAUUGUUGAGGUAGAGAAACUCGAGGGAAGAGGGGAGUAG